CUUUUCAAGAUGGCGGCAUAGAAAGCGUCUUCCAGUUUGAAAAGAACAGUUUUUUGCCCUCUUCGGUUUGUUUUCAUAACACAGUAUUAUUUCAGGUGGAUAUAACUGAUCCAAAAUGCCAGAACAGGUUAGACAUAUCGAGUGGGAAGAGAUGGAUAAAAGAAAAUUUUAUUUCUUUGGUCCAACAUUGUUUCUUGGUAUUCGUGCUUUGCUUUAUCCGGCGAACUUAGUAAAAACCCGUCUCCAAGUACAACGGAAACACGCACUCUAUAAAGGAUCAUUCGACGCCUUCAAAAAAAUAGUGCGCUUUGAAGGCAUUCGAGGGCUCUAUAAAGGAUUUCUAGUGAGCAGUUUUGGUCUUUUGGCUGGACAAUGUUACAUCACUACUCUAGAAUUAGUUAAGACAAGAACAAAACAUUAUAACACAGCUCUUAGAGGGUUUUUGGCAGGGGGAAUUGCUUCAAUAGUGGGGCAAACUAUCACAGUUCCAGUAGACGUUAUUUCUCAGAAGCUUAUGGUACAAGGCCAGGGGGAUGCCACAGGUAAACUGAAAGGAGCCUCUGUCAUUAUACGUGAGGUCAUAAAGACUGGUGGGCCUUUGGGGCUUUAUAGAGGUUAUUUGAUCUCUCUGAUGACUUAUGGACCUAGCAGUGCCAUUUGGUGGUCCUCUUAUGGUGCAUAUACAGCAUUAGUCGGCAGUAUAGUAAUAUCAGGAACACCUCAUUUGUUGGUUUUGGCCACUGCUGGUUCAAUGGCUGGAUUUACGACUGCGACACUUACAAAUCCCUUGGAUAUUAUGAGAACACGAUUGCAGGUUUGUCAUUGCUUUAUUUGUCAUUAUACAAGAAAGUGAAAGGCUAAGGGGGUAAACUGAGGAACAAUGAUGGGUAGUUAUUGGAAGUGUAAAGUUGAGUGGGUUAUGCAUUGUGUCAUCUCCAAGACGUUUCUUCUCAAAUCACAUACUUAUUGCUAAUCACCACAAAAUCUCAAGCCCAGCAAGUCGUCUUUGCACCUCCUUAUCACUAUUAUGCUUGCACUGUCAACCCUGUGUGUCAGCCUGGAAGCAAAGUCAUAUCUGAUAGUCCAAGGCUAGUGGAUUUUGCAAAAAAAUACUGUUUUUAACUUGCUUGAUGGGCACGUGAUCUUUUUGGGGGAAUUACAUAAAUACUGUAACACAAAUUUUAAAAUGGGACUGAAAUGUUUUUCAAGCUUAUCUGAUGAGGUGAAAUCUGCAAAAACUAGUAUCUCAUUACAUUCCAUGCCAGACUAGACAAUAUAUGGUUGGCACAAUUCUAGUUUAACGCCAAGGCUGCUGCCUAAUGGUUGUCCAGUCACCAGAGGCUCCUAUGAUUGCUCGUGAGCGACUAAAACUUUAAACAAGGAGCCUUUACAGGUGACUAAAACUUAUGAUUCUCACGGCAACAGCCUCUAUGCCUGCUUCCACUUUUCUAGAAAUUUAAAACUCGAACGAAUCAAGUUUCGAGCAUCUGCUUACUUAUUUAGGUUUAUCGAUCAAUGGGCUCCUAGAAAUGUGGCUCGGGCUCCUAAAUUUUUAUUUUAGGAGCCUUAAGGUUUCCCAGAAAAUUUCGUAGGCAGCAGCCUUGAAAGGCAUUUAAAAAUACAUCAGAUGUAAGGCUCAUGUUGUAUAUCUCACUACAAUAAAUAAAGCAAGUUGUUAAUUAACAAGUGGUGUCAUCACACAACGCUUCUCCCCACAAAUGGCUGCUGAGAAUCAAACCACAUUCCUUUCCCGCCAUUUUCUGGAAGGUUUUUGCAUUGGGUUUGCAGUACGGUGACUCCUCUUUUAUCAGUGGCCCAUCAUGUGUGAAUGACAGAACAAUCAAAAUUGUCUCAUGAAAUCAAGCAAUCAAUAAGAGUAGUGUUGCCAUAGAUAAGCAGCAGCAGCAAGAAAGUCAAGCAAGUGUGAUGCACAACAUGAUGUGCUGAUAAAGUUGCUUGGUAUAGUUUCGGGAAGUCACUCAUUGAUAAUUUAUAAGAUUGCUUUUGUUUGAAAAACAAAAUAGGACCCGACUACGAUAACACCGCUCUAGUUGAUUGCUUGUUUUCAUGCAAUGAUUUUGAUUGUUCUGUCGUUCACACAUGGGGCACCCAUAAUAAGGAAAGCUGUGAUUGGAGGCGUCACUGUACCGCAAAUGAGGUGCGAACACCUUCAGAAAAUGAGAGCUGAAUAAUAAUUGGCUAAUCGUAAGAAACGAAUGUGAUUCGAUUCUCAGCAGCCGUUUGUGGGGAGGAGCAUUGCAUGGCAACACUAAAAACAGCUGUGUGGCCGACUAGUGUUACCAGUGUUUAAUUAAAAGUCCCACAAUCAUGUCAAUACACUUUGACUGAAAAUUGGUCAACCCCACGUGACUAUAAAAGAUGUCCAAGGUUUUGACCAUCUGUUUCCCUUAAAGUUCAUUACAUUAGUUUGGUUUUUGGUUUGAAUGCAGUACUGAUUCUGAAAAUUGUCAUCUUAAAAAUGCUUUUUAAAGGUUGGUGGUGGAAAAUCAACAUAUGUUAUACACAUGUUUCGCUCCUUACUUCAAGAAGAAGGACCAUUUGGACUGACUAAAGGAUUGUCGGCAAGAAUCAUUGCAAUGGUUCCAUCAAGUGUUGCCAUGGUACUGGGGUAUGAAACAGUCAAAAGACUUAGUUUGAAGUCAUCAGAUGUUGAUAUACAAGUGCAAGAAGAAGGUUAUUUAGAAGCAUCAUUUUGAAAUGUCAGCUGUACAGAAUUCACUUGAAGAGAUGUCAGGCUCUUUAGGAUAUGAAUAAUAAUAGUUAUUAGCUGUAAAUAUCAGUGUGCAGUUCUCCCAAUAUUACUAUCAAGCUGAGGGAAUACUGUAGAAUGAAACCUGUAUUACCUGUCACCUACUCCUUUAAUGACUUAUAGUGCGACAAUGAAAGCAACAAGAUUAUAGGGCAUCCAAAUGACAGAAGAAAAGCAUGGUCCAGUGCUAGGUGUCUGUUUUAAAAUAUAUGUCCAUCUUGUAAUAAGGUGUCAGUUGAAAGAGUUGGCUGUAUUUUAUCACACUUUUUUGUAUACUAUUUCUUUUUCGGUUUUAGCAAAGUUACGACAUGAAAUUGCCUUUUAUUUAUAUUUAAAGGAGGAUGUAACCAAGUGGCGACAAAAUAAUCAUUAUUUUAUCUCUCUUUCUGACCUGGAUAUGGUUACAUUUGAAAAAGUAAGUCGUGAUAAAGACUGACAGAACACAAACUGUUGCUUGUUAAUAGGUUUAACAGUUGUUUUCUAGUUAUUAGUCUAGAGUGUUUUACUUUUUAAUGUGUUAGAAUGAUAUCAUUGUUUAUUUAGACUGGGAUCACUGCUAGAAAGGAGCUCAUCAUGUCAGGUUUCCACUGUGUGAUAUUAGGGUGCUAACCUGUGAUGAAAAAAGUUGGCGGACAGCCGCUAAAGAAAAAGGGAAAAAGGGUCGCCUGAUCACAGGUUAAAAGGCUGCUAUAUUUGCUUGAAUAAACACUGCCACUAGAUAAGCUCCUUACUUUAGAGGAAAUAUAUUGAUAAGCCCUACCCCUAAAUAAGACCAAUAGAGUUGAUGGGACAAAAACAAAUGGAAAAAAAAAUGUAAAACCAUGUUAUUUGUGAAUGGGAUAAUUUAGAAAAGCA